CUGAAGUCACGGUCUAUUUGUGCCACGAAGACAAAAUGGCGGACCCAAGUCACCAAUAGUUGACUUGAGGGGCUUCACGACCAACAUGGAGUAGUAGUAGAAGACGGAGAAUAAUAGAUUUUUCCCUCCAGUUAUUCGUCUGGCGGUAUUGCGGGUUUUCAGGGCCACUUGCCUUCAUAAUGCGUUGUAAUGUUGCCAUUUGUACGGCCGCUUGGUCGGUUGUUUUGUUGGCUUUAGUCCCUGAAUGCUUCGCAAUGUCGAACGACGAGAAACGAAAAAUGCGAGGCCAAGUUAAAGAAAUGUUUCGGCAUGCUUACAACUCAUACAUGUCGUUUGCUUACCCUGCAGAUGAGCUCAUGCCGUUGAGCUGCAAAGGGCGCGUCAGAGGGGUCGACCCAAGCCGUGGUGAUGUUGAUGAUGCACUUGGGAUGUUCUCCUUGACCCUAGUGGAUACCUUAGACACCCUUGCUGUUCUUGGUGAAGUAUCAGAGUUCGAGAAAGCGGUCAAGCUUGUUAUUAAAGAUGUCCACUUUGAUACUGACGUUGUGGUCUCUGUAUUUGAGACAAAUAUAAGGAUUGUGGGGGGGCUUCUUGGUGGCCAUGUGGCGGCUGAUUCCUUGAAGAAGUCUGGCAAAGGCCUGUCAUGGUACAACGGAGAGCUUUUAGCCUUGGCCAAGAAAGCAGGGGAGUGUCUUUUGCCAGCCUUCAAUACCACCACAGGCAUACCCUAUCCCAAGGUGAAUCUGAAAUAUGGUAUCCACCACCCUGAUUCUAACACUGGUACGGAGGUGGACACCUGUACUGCAUGCGCAGGGACAAUGAUCAUGGAAUUUGGAGCCCUUUCUCGUCUCACUGGAGACCCAAUCUUUGAGGAAAAAGCAAAAAAGGCAAUGGAAUCCUUGUGGAAAUUCCGUAGCAGGGCGUCUGACCUUGUUGGUACAGUGAUCAACAUUCACAAUGGUGACUGGGUCAGGAGAGAUAGCGGUGUUGGGGCUGGUAUUGACUCCUAUUAUGAGUAUUGUCUAAAGGCGUACAUCCUCCUGGGCGAUGAUACUUAUCUGGACAGAUUUAACAAGCAUUAUAAGUCUAUCAUGCAGUAUAUCAACCAAGGCGCCAUGUUUCUCAGUGUUCAGAUGCAUCAGCCUGAGAGGACAUCACACGCUUACAUGGAUGCCCUCCAGGCUUUCUGGCCUGGUUUACAGGUUCUGAAGGGUGAUCUGAAGAAAGCCAUUGAGAUGCAUCACAUGUUAUACGAAGUAGCAAAAAAGCACACCUUCCUGCCUGAGGCGUUUACAACAGACUUUGAGGUGCACUGGGGAGAGCACCCUCUGCGGCCAGAGUUGGUGGAGAGUACAUACUUCCUAUAUGAGGCCACGUUAGACCCAUACUAUCUAGAGGUUGGCAGGAAUAUCGUAGAGAAGAUUAAUGAGCAUGCAAGAGUGCCAUGUGGCUUUGCUGCAUUGAAGGAUGUCAGAACUCUCAGUCAUGAAGACAGGAUGGAUUCAUUUGUCCUGGCUGAGACGUUCAAAUACCUGUACCUCCUCUUUACGGAUAAGAGUGAAUGGACCCUCCCAAUGAAUGACUUCAUACUCACUACAGAGGCCCACUUGCUUCCCCUCAGCCUGUCAAGCGUGUCUCCAAAUGGUACUGCAUAUGAGCAAAUUCGGUAUAACCUGGCAUUGAGCUCUGAGAAUGAGUAUGACUUCACUUGCCCUAACUCUGUCCACCCUGAGGGCAAGGUGAAAUAUGCCGAGGAGGUGCGGCGACAGAUGCUGCUCAAGACACAGGGAAGCUGUCCAAAGCAAGCCAAAGGCUCAUUCAGCUUCUCCUCGGAUAAACCUCCCCGACUUCGUGCGGAGCAGUUUGUUCCUGGUAAUUCUGAACACCUGUCACUGCUCAAGUCCAUGGGUAUCACAGUGGCACAGACCAAGGAGGGCAAGAUACAGCUGAUGCACACUGCUUCAUCGGCGUUCUCUCAGCAAGAGGCCGAGGAAGGCAUUAAAUUUAUGCAGGAAAUGAUAGAGCUUGCAAAACAGCGCAAUGAUCAAGGAGAUAUUGUGCACAAGCCGCGUGUUGUCCAGCUUAUGUCCCCUCCAUAUGACGGCAGCAUCACCCUUAAUGCUGGACCUGCCCAGUUUGGUUUGGAUCUGAGCAAAGGAGAUGUCGGGGUUGGGGCAGAAGUUGUUGUGGCAGAUCCCAUAAAGGGUUGUGUGCCUCUGCUGAACCAGGAGGAAGCCAAACACCGGAUAGUCAUCCUAGAGAGGGGAGAGUGCAUGUUUAUAGACAAGGCUAGAAAUGCCCAGAAAGCAGGUGCACUCGCCGUGAUUAUCAUAGAUAAUAAUGACGGCAGUUCGAGUGACUCUCAGCCCAUAUUCGCCAUGGCAGGGGAUGGGACGAGUAACGAUGUGCGUAUCCCUGCUGUGCUGCUCUUCCACCAGGAGGGACAAAUCCUAAUGAGGGCCAUCACAGCGGUAGAGGAUACUAGCCGCACCCUGAGCGUCAGAGUCGCCGCCAAAGCAAUUAAAGCUGGAGAAAAACCUGCCUCACAGGAGAAGCGUAGCAAUGAGGCAGAAGGGAAACAGCCCUCUGCAAAGGCCCAGGUCCCAGAGGACAAGGUGAAGGCCCCAUCAGGGGCGCAGGUCGGAACGGAAGGCAAGGUGCAAGACCCAGUAACGGCCCAAGUCGAGGAGCUGAAGAAGCGAGUAGAGGAAGAAGAAGCACUCUUGCAAGCGGAGGCUAGGGUAUUUAAUAAAGAAAUACAAGAGAAACUGAAGCAGACCAUUGGUAAAGAUACUGAACGUGCAUCACUCAGUGGCGAAGACUUACUGGUAUCGCACAAAGAAAUAGCAGCAGACAAGAUUGAAGAGCGUGAUUUGCACACUGACCAAGGAACGGAGCCACACGGACAAUUUGUCAGUGUACAUAAGGAAGGAGUGUUUUGUACUUCUAAAGGCCAAGCUCGUGAUAUGGACACUGCAACAUCUGUGGAGAAUAGUCAGGGAUUUACUCAAAACGCCAAACCACACAUGCAAUCAAAGGAAAUUCACUCACGUGCUGAAGCAAAACAUGCAUCAUCACCAAAUGUGGACAGCCAAAGGACUCAUGACUAGAUUAUUUAUAUUUUUUUCCAUUAAAGAUUCUGAUGAAACAUGCCUUUGUUGGGUAUAUAAAUAAAAGUUAUCCAUGGAUAAAAAUUAUCUGAAGUUUCUCCAUAUUUGGAGAAACUUGACAUAUGGUUAAGCCUACAUGGGUUUUCUGUUAUCAAAAUUCACCGAAAUGUAUUAUAAUGCAAGAAAAAAUGCCUUCACAUUAAUAACAAUUUUGUGACAUAGAUAUGUUUUUCAGUAACGCAUGAAUCAAAGUGCGCAUUCUAAAGAUAAAUAUUAGAAGCCCAAAAAACACCAAUCAACAGCUCUGGUGGCUCUGGUGCCUGCAGAAUUUUAGUUCAAUUUAUGAAAACUACAGUAAACACCUUCGUAUAAAAAGAGGGAGAGAUUAAGAACCGGCAGGCUGAAAUGUGGCAUCGUUUUUGACUUAUUGUUUUAAGCUAAAAGUUCCCUGAAUGUUAAAAUUCUUAAUAAAACUUAUGUGAAGCCUUAAAAAUACACUAAAAUGCUAAGACAAUUUUAAACGUCAUUUACAGUUUUUUACAAGAAAAAAAAGGACACCUUUUUCUAAAUAAUAUUCAGCAUUGAUGUUAUUGUUAAAGUCAGAAGCAUUCUUAUUAUUAGCUGUUAUUGUUUGGUAAAUGAAAAAUUAAGAACCAAACCUGAAUUGUCAAAAGAUACCCCUAUUAUCAGAAUCUGUUCAGUCUGAUCUUGGAAAUUACAGGUUCUUAUAUGCGGGUGCUGUUUAAAAGAGAAAUAUAUGUGGAAAUCUUCA